CGCGUUUCAGUUCCGACGCUGCAUCGAUAGUGGGAAGUGUUCUCUCUCUUCGCGGGGAUUCAUCGCGAUCGAUUUGGCGAUUAUUUGCUGGCGGUUUCUGUAAGUGCUGCGCAUCGCGCGUUCUUCCGAGUUCUGCGGUGGUGGUGUGAGGGAACGGAAAUCGACGGUUCAAUUUCGUUGAGCAAUAAAAAAAAACGCAAGCAUGCAAACAUAGAAACCUAAAACAAGUAACAAACAGCAGCCGACAAGAAGGAUCAUUUGGCUCGUGACCGACGCGCGUUUACGCGGAAGGAUUGUCGCGGCAGUCGGUUAAAUCUGUGAUUGUUUUCUCUCUUGUGUUUGAUUUCGGCAACUUUUUGUUCCUCCCCGAAGGGGGGAAAUGUGAAUGAUUGUUUCGUGAAACGAGUGAAUGAUAACUUCGGGGAUGCUGCGAGAAGCGGAAAAGUGUGUUUAAGGGGUGCCAAGUGAUAAUGUGCUUUGCUCAUACUUCCGAACGCGGAAUGGACUUAAUUUGAUUUAUGGUAGAAGGAAUCCUGUUGGUCCUCAGUUUUUUUUGCUGCUGCUGUUUCCGUAUCUUUCCUUGUUGGGAGCUACAGAUUUGAUCGGAGAAACAGCAGAGCUUCAGCAGAAGAAUAGCCCGGAUAAUUUGUGCGGAGGGAGCUAACAUAUAUCCACAAACGCAUAUAUAUAUUUAUAGCGCAAUUCUCGUUUAUUUUCCUUCCCUGUGACCGAUCUAGCCAAAUUGUUGUUUAGUUUUGUUUCGUUUUCCCUUUGCUUACGAGAAGGAGUGCCCCUUGUGUAUGAUUUCAUUAAGUGUUGUUUUUUUUGUCGUUCUGGUUUUAUAAUUAGAAGAGUCGCUGAACGUUCCCUGAUCCUCGUAUUUUUAUUUAUUUUUAAUUAUCCUCAGUUUUAUUAUGUAAACAAAGUUGUGUUUUCGGGUGUUUGACAAACCUGUGAUGAGACAUCAUGUUGCGUCAAUUCUCUAGGGGAAAGUGAAGGAAGUGAAGAUACAGUGGUGCAGUGGUGCAGCAGCAGAAAGGGAGAAAGUCCCUUCCAGAAGAAGUGUUUGACAAACAUCGAAACGCGCGCGCAAUAAAAAUGUUCUUGAGAAAGUGAAGAUACGAACGGAGUUUGGGGUUCUGUUUUCCGAGAAGAGCACUCAUAAAAUUAACAGAUCAUGAUGAUGAUGCAAACAAGUUUUCGGUUGUUCUUGUUCGGUUUGUUUUUGGUGGUAACCAGCGGCCACCGGUCUUACCUGCGAAGUUUCCAAACGCAGGGUGUAAUCGAUCCGUGUUACGACGAGGACCGUCCGCGGCGUUGCAUGCCCGACUUCGUCAACGCUGCUUUUGGUGUUCCCAUUGAGGCGUCCUCCAUCUGUGGAAACGAUAAACCGGCUCGGUACUGUGAUUUCAAAGAUCAAAACACUCGAAACGAGUCCGUCUGUGACAUUUGCGAUGAGUCCGACCCGACCAAACGGUUCUCGCCGUUUGCCCUGACCGAUGUGCACAAUUCGAACAACGUCACCUGUUGGCGUUCGGAGCCACGCGUUGGAUCCGUAGAUCCUGGAUCCCAGCCGGACAACGUCACGCUCACGCUUUCCCUGGGGAAGAAAUUCGAACUCACGUACGUGAGUCUUAUGUUCUGCCCGUACGCCAUCCGACCGGAUUCGAUGGCCAUCUUCAAGAGCGCUGACUACGGGAAAACCUGGCAACCGUUUCAAUUCUACAGCUCCCAGUGUCGCAAGCUGUACGGUCGACCCACUCGGGCGACCAUUUCCAAAACCAACGAGCAAGAGGCUCGCUGCAUCGAUCACAACCGCUACAACGUGGACGGUGUCCAGGGUUCUCGUAUUGCGUUCAGUACCCUGGAGGGUCGCCCAUCGGCCCAAGACUUCGACUCUUCGCCCGUCCUCCAGGACUGGGUCACGGCUACGGACAUCCGAGUGGUGUUCCAUCGUCUCCAGCCCCCGACGUCGACCACCAUUCUCAAGACCCAGUCCUCGGAGCAGGCGAAAUACAAGAAGAGUGAGUACAUCUCGAAGGAAAUUUUCACACCCCCUUCGGCGGGUGUGUCCACCUACGCGCUGUCCGACUUUGCCGUCGGGGGUCGCUGCAAGUGCAACGGGCACGCCUCGAAGUGCAUCAAGGGGGGGACGGACGGGAAGCUGGAGUGUGACUGCAAGCAUAACACCGCCGGACGGGACUGCGAGCGCUGCAAGCCGUUCUAUUUCGACCGCCCGUGGGGACGAGGCACCGUGCGGGAUGCGAACGAAUGCAAAGCUUGCAACUGCAAUGGCCAUGCGCGCAAAUGUCGCUUCAACCUGGAACUGUACAAACUGUCCGGACGGGUUUCCGGCGGAGUGUGCAUCGACUGCCGGCACGAUACCACCGGGCGGCAUUGCCACUACUGCCGGGAGGGCUACUACAAGGAUCCCACCAAACCGAUCGCGCACAAGAAGGCGUGCAAACCAUGUGACUGCCAUCCGAUCGGCUCGUCGGGUAAAAACUGCAACCACACAUCAGGCCAGUGCACUUGCAAGGAGGGAGUAACGGGACUAACCUGUAAUCGAUGCGCCCGCGGCUAUCAACAGAGUCGGUCCCAUAUUGCACCGUGUAUCAAGAUCCCUCGAGUAACGAUGGUUAAUCACCAGGCGCAGAACACUGCUCCGGACUCCUAUCAGUACGAUCCGGAGGCGAGUGAAAGUACCAAAGAAAAUUGCGGCAAAUGUAGAUUUGACACGAAACGAUUAAAUCUGAAUAAAUUCUGCAAGCGUGAUUAUGCGAUUAUGGCAAAGGUCACAGGUCGAACGACGUCCUCCGGCAAGCAACAGCACGGUUCCCGGGACGAGAUCCGCUUCAACCUGCAGGUGCAGACGGUGUUCAAAUCGACCAGCCCGAUGCUGGUCGCGAACAGCCAGCGGAAGGCCCCCGUCGGGCUGCUGGUGCCCAACAAGAAUCUGGACUGCCGGUGUCCGAGUAUUAAAAUCAAUAAAUCAUACUUAAUAUUGGGCAUGGAUUCGAAGCAGAUCCUCGACUCGUUGGUGCUCGGACCGAAGACGAUCAUCAUCGAGUGGAAGGACGAUUGGAACCGGAGGUUACGGCGAUUCCAGCAGCAGUCCGGUUCUUGUUAUUAGAGCGAGGAGGUGGGAGUGCGAUAGUUGCGAGGUAACCGAACGAUAGGUGCCCGAUUUUGCCGGGCUGAGUGUGAGCGAGUGAGUGAUGAUUGGGUUGGCGUCAGUGAUUGGACAUAUGCAAAUAUAUAAAUCUAGUAAUAUACGCGCGUACACGCACACAAAUACAAAUACACACUUACUCAUAUGUAUUAUUAACAUAGUCAAUAAGAGGAUUGGGCUCAGAUGAAGACGAGAUUCUGUUUUUUUUUCUGUUUUCGAGUCGUGGAAGGCAGGAACGACGUUCGAUCUGCGAACAAAUGGGAACGGAAGUAGUCUUACCAACAAUAGUAUUUUUGUCUCUGUCAGUGCCAUUGAAAAAAAAACAA